UCCCGACCGAGUGCUCCACACGGAACGCAACUGAGGGACUACACCACGAAGUUCCCAUCCUCCGCCGUCGCCCUAAUUUGAGACCGGCACGAGAACCGGAGUCAGAGAGCCGGUGUAGCUGCGAGUCCUUGGUUUGGUCAGCCGGCACAAGUGAUAUAUUCCAGGACUGCCAUCUGGCGUCAUGCGCCGUUGCCUCUCGCGACAAUCUCGCCGUUCACAGGCGCAAGAGAACAUUUUGAAUCGGCCAUGAGCCAUAACGAAAACAGCAACACAAAACCCAGGAACGGCUUACACGCGGUUAAGUACUCCAAGUCUGGCGAUCGACCACCCCACCACGGCACGCAUCAGCCGGGUAACCCCAAUUCCACGACGUUAGGGGCACCGCCUCACUGCACUCACUUCCUGUGGCGGUUCAAUUUCCUUCUGUCUUUACUCGGCUCCCAAGCGGUCGGGACGACCUAUCAUCUUGACCCGAGAUCGUCUGCAGCCAGGGCGGAGUUGAGCAGAGGGGAGGACGAAUUACUAGAGUGUCACAGGAGAAGCGCAUUCUGCCAGCGACCCGUCAACCACUUGCUUAGUUCACCGGUUGAAGACCAGGGGAUUGCGAGAGGGACGCGAAACCGACCCAUACGUGGAAGGCUUCCAGAAAGGGGCAGUGUCCAGGUCGGCCUCUCCGAGACUCCAUCGCCAACCCCGUCAAUCGGCCCCCGGGUCUCGAAACAGACCACAGGAAACAGCCGCCGCCUUUGACAAUUGUCACCACCAUUGUCAUUGCAUAGGGAAGGUUCAAAAUAGGAGAGGAAGCUUCCUGCCUGAUCAACCUCGACAAACACAUCCGACUGGGAGCGCCAUUCGAACGAGGCGGCUGGAGGGCGCUCCAGAGGUGGCCGUGCCCUGCGGGAACC